GCACGCCACGUGUCCCCCCCAACAUCGGGGACACGUGGUCGGUCCCGCACCCCAGCCAGGGGAAGUAGGGCCUCCCCCAGGGCACGCCACGUGUCUCCCCCAACAUCGGAGACACGUGGCAGGUCCGGCACCUCAGCCAGGGCUGGAACUACAGAGAUGACCGCCAGGAGGAGGCAAGAGGAGGAGGAAGAGACACCGGCCUCACAGAGGAGGCCAGAGGAGGAGGAGGAGGAGGACGAUGGCGAUGAGGGCCCCAGUGGGCGAAUGGGGCGAAGAUUUUCCAGUGAAGAAAAUGCAGCACUGGUUGAUGAAGUGAUCGUGCAAUGGGAUGUGUUAUUUGGAUGUCGAUCCCAUUGCAUCAAUGCUGCCAGACGCAAAAAAAUCUGGCAGCUAGUAACGGACAAAGUCAACGCUGUAGGCGCUGUACACAGAGAUCACAACACUGUGUACAAGCGCUUCAGUGACCUGAAGCGUUGGAUGCGGGCGAAGUUUGCUGCCAGGAGAGCAAAGGCCCAGAAGACCGGCGGUGGCCCUUUACCAUCUUUGAGGCUGCAGCCUUAUGAACGCCGGCUUCUGGCCAUUAUGGGCAGAGAGGUGUGUGAAGGUUUAGAAGGCUCACAUGACACAGACUGGAGAACACCACCGCGGACAGUGCCACAACCCACGGACAGUGACCAGGACCAGGACCUUGAUCCUCAGCAGCCCCAGGAAGAGGGUGAGGCUGCAGAGAGCCCUAGAGCCCCACAAGCUCAAGGUACAGACAUGUUUGUGUUUGUGGCCAAUGUAGUUGCUUCCUCAAAUUGUUUGCAACAUUACUAAUGUCCAAUUUCACAUUACAG